AUGUGCGUGGCCGAAUUUUGUGUUCCCCUCCUCGAGUUGAAGCUCUGUCGGCAGGUCGCGUCGACGUCGGGCUCUCCCGCCCACCGGCCGGCCGCCGGCAAGCACGGCACGCCACGGGCGUCGAGGCCCGCCUCUCCGGGCAACGCCGCCGGCCCUGAGGGCCCGCACCAGAACGGCACCGCGCCGGCGCCCAACAUCGUCACCGACGGCGCGUCGCAGGACAGCCAGCAGUCGCAGGAGGCGGAGGCGGUAGCGGAAGACCCGGCGCUUCUCAGCGUCGGCGAGCGGCCGCAGCACGGGCUGUCCAUCCGAGGCGGCCUGGCUCUCAAGAAGACGCUCGCGGGCCGGGUCGCAGCGUCCAAAGCCGGCCGCGAGCCACCGCCACCUGCCCCCGCCGUCGAAGACGAGAGCCGCAGCAGCCACGGAGGCCUCAAGAACGCCGCCAACGCCGCCGCCGUGCGCUCCAGGCUCUCCUCGCCGAAGGGUGGCAGGCCCGCAGCUAGCGUGGAGCCGGUGUCUCGAGGGGCGAGGCCGAGCGUCGGUACUGCCCUCAGACUCGCGUCGCGUCUGCAGUCGCCGAGGAGCAGGCGGAGCGCGCAACAGCAGGACUCGGGAGGCGGCGAGGACGGCGUCGACGCGCCCGAAGAACCGGAAGACGGCGGCGGCGACGCGGGUCGUAGAGGCGGCGGCGGCACGGGUCUGGCUGGCGUCGCCAGGCUAGCGUCGCGCGUCCAGUCGCCCUCGGCGGCGACCAGGGGGCGGAGGCAGGAGGAAGCAGCCCGGGGGCAGAAGGCCGGUACCGGAGGCGUGGCCACUGCCCUCUCACUGGCGGCGCGCAUCCAUUCCGGAAAGAGACGCGGCGCUUCGCCGGCUGCAGGUGAGGACGACGCAGACGGCGGUGAGGUCGGAGGCGGAGACGGCGGCGGUGGCGGCAUACCGGUGCGCGCGGCUGCGGGCGUGGUGGCGGCAGCUAGGCGCGCCCGCUCCCCCAAAGCUGCGGACGCGGCCAACGCCGUCAGGGGCUCUACGGGAGCCGGCGCACUGAGAGGCGUGGCGGCGGCCGCUUCCCGCCUGCAAUCGCCGCGCGGCCAGAGAGGAGCAGCCAGCAGCGGCGGCGGCGGAGGAGGAGGGACGACGGUGGGAUCGUUCGCGAUGGCAGCGUCUGUGGCCUCUCGAGUGCAGUCUCCCAGGGGCCGAGCCGCUGCUGGAGCAGCAACCGCCGCCCCUGGUUCGCCGGUCGGGUCCGUGGCCGCUGUGGCGUCCGUGGCGUCCAGGGUGCAGUCCCCGCGCAGCCGACCAGGAAGCGGCAAGCACUCGUCGCUGGCGUCGACGGCCUCCGUGGUGUCGCGCAUGCAGUCGCCGGGCAGCAAGGCGGUCUCUCGGCGCGGCCAGCAGCUGCAGCAGCAGCCGUCCCGGACCGGGGGCCGGCUGGGCGGGCUGAUGACGCUCUCCGUGAUGCGGCGGCGCGCGGACCGCGCGCGCAGGCAGCUCUCCAGCAUCGCCUCCUCCGCCUCCCAGGACGCCGACGCCGCCGAGGAGCCGGACCCCGCCGCCCCCGCCACCGCCACCGCCACAGCCGCCGGCCUGCGUCCGGACGAAGCGGUGUACGUGACGCCCACGAUGGCUUCGCCGUCCAGCGUCACUGCCACGGUGACCAGCGUGUCCAACCGCACCACCACCACCCCCGCCGCGCUCUCCUCCACCGGCGCUGCCGCCCCCGCCGGGUCGGCCUCCUACAAGCAGCCGAUGGCGCCCGUCGAGGAACCCACCGUCACCACCGCCGCAGCGACACAGGUACACCUGGCGUCGGUCUCGCUGCUGGCAGAGCCAAUCAGCGUGUCUGCUGCCCCCGCCGCCUCCGCCGCCCCCGCAGCACCGGCCACGCCCAGCACGCCCGACACGUCUAUCGCGCUGGUGGCCUCCACCACGACGCCCGCCCUGCAGCUGGCCGACCCCGCAGCCGAUCCGCAGGCCCAGGAGCAGCCGCAGCAGCAGCUGCACAAGAGCGACAAGCCCGCCGCCAGCCUCUCCGUGGCCUCCAACAAGGCUGCGCCACCACUCGGCCCGGCUGCCUCCACCGCCAAGCCGGCGGCGGCAGCGAUGACGACGGAAUCCCCCGGCAAGGCCUCUGGGAACCCGACAUCUUCCUCCGGUGGCGGCGAUGCAGGCACCGAGGGCGGCCAGGGCCCGCGCGUCGACAGCGCCUCGCUGGUCAAGAAGCUGCUGGCGUCGAAAGCGGCCGCCGAGGGCAAGGCCCCGACUGCCGGGGGCGGCGCGAGUGGGACCGGCGCCAAGACUGAGGCUGCGGGGGCGGCGGCUGCGGCCAAGGCAGCCACGGGCGCUGUCAAGACCAGCCACAUGGGCGUGCCCACGGCGCGCAAAGCGGGGUCGGAGAAGCAAGGCUCGGUGAAACAAGAGGGCAGCAAGAGCAACAGCAACAGCAACAGCGACAUCAAGUCGGCGAGCAGUAGCAACGGUGCCAUCACCACGAGCGAACGUCUGGUGCAGGAAGGGCCCGAUGCAGAGACACUCAGCGCCAACAAGCUCAUGACCGCCAAAGGAGAAAAGCGUGAGGGGCUGAGGCAAGAUGGCAGGCAGCUAGCGGACGGCAACCUGUGCCGUGUUGGUGUUGGUGUCUGGCCACCGAGUCAGAGUUGUAUUUAUGGCGAGAGAAAAGCGGCUAAUGAGGCCAGGCGCUGCAGCAGCACGCAGAGGGUGGAGGGAGGCUGCGCUGGCAGUGGCGGCGGCGGCCCUUUGCUUUGCCUGGGGGACGCGUGGCCGCCUUAUCGCGGCGCCAUCGCGUCGCGUGACAAGACACGCCGCGCGGCGCUCGCACUGCAGCGCCGCGCUAAAGCGUCACGCAGCCUGCCGGAGACCGCCUCUGCCGCGGACACGUGCCGCCAGGGGAGUCACGUCCCAACAGCGGGUGCUUUGUCUCGGCUUGGCUCGCUGCGGCUGGGGCAGGGGCGGUGGCGGUGGCGGUGGCGCACGCGCUGCAGGCCGGCGGGGGGCGGCGGCGCUGGUGUCGCGACUGAGCGCGCGCCGGGCUGUCGGCAGAGGUCUCCGGAGCGGCGCUUCCUGAGCCUCGUGGUGGGCGGCUGCGCUCCCGCGGCGCGCGCCAACAUGAACGGCUACCAGCUGCACUCGGAGGACAGCGCCGCCAGCGCCGACGACUGGGACCGCCGCAGCCACCGCGAGGCCUGGUAA